UUGGCUUUGAUACGUUUUGCUUUGUCUGAGCUGCGCCGUUGAACCCACGCAGUUGAUUUUUCUAAUAGUACAACUGGUCUAUCAACUAGCCAGCUAAAAGAAUGUUUUAAUUUAAUUUACAAUAGCCAUUAAUGUUCCAAAGAAGACACCAACUACUUUUGGUCUGAAAUGGUUUUGAAUCCGACUGCCAUUUCAUAAUGAUCGGUAUAAAAACGUUGGUAGACAGGUUAAGCACAGCAGUUAUAGUUUUGCAUUGGAAGUUUGCGCAAUAUACGGAUAUACUCAAAAAUGAAGCUCCUUUGUGUUUUCAUUAUCGCCACUUUGACUGUGCUCACGCACGCACGCAACGAUAAAUACUACGCCGGGAAAUAUCGUGCGCCAAUAGGAAUAGCAAAACACAAACAACCAACGAAAGUGAAAGCCAGUGACGCGAAUUUAUUGCAGAAGCGCAACGACUACAAACGUCCGAAUAGCAUCAGCGGCAGUUAUGCUGAAGGAAAAGUGCCGAUUUUGCAAAAUGAUCAACAAAUGAGAAAGGACGGCAGCUAUCAUUAUCAAUAUGAGACUGGCAAUGGCAUUAGCGGCAUGGAGCGCGGCACUGGUGGCGUGUCCGUACAAGGCAUCUCCAGCUAUGUUUCACCCGAAGGUGUACCAAUCAAAUUAUCAUACACCGCUGAUGAAACCGGCUAUCAUCCGGUGGGUGAUCACAUACCAAAGACACCCGAUUACGUUUUCCGUGCACUCGAGUAUAUACGCACACACCCGUUCAAGGUGGCAAAACGUGGCGUAGCGCAGCCGCAGCUGUCUGUUGAGAUCGCGCCACCACUACAUACACCGGCAAAUGCGCGAAACUUCAACUACAAGACAAGCAGCAGCGGCAGAACAAAUAGGCCGACGAAGAGUCGGACCCAACGUGGAAAUACGCGUAGGUUCAAUGAUUUAAGACGUCGUUUCUGAAGAGGCUAUUUUAAAAGUACCAUAAAAUGGAGCACUCUUUGACACUUAAGGCGCAAAUGCAUUGCCUGUAUAGAACGAAAGUAACUAUUUUCACGUACUUUAACUAAGGGACACAUCAACGUACUGAUUCAUAGUUAAAUAUAUAUGUAUAUACAUAUGUACAUCACCGUUAUGAAAUAAAAGCUUAAUUUGUUUUCAAAACCUACAAGGGUAUGAA